AAUUAAACGACGGCGUGGAGAGGAGUUUCGCAGUUCACAGUUGGAAACGUUUCCGUUGGAGCUGUCAAAUGUCACCAUGGCUUCGAAGACAGACCAACUUCUUAUCGUUGUGUCCAUCCUGGAAGGUCGUCACUUCCCAAAGACUCCCCGGCUCAGUCUGGUGGUCCAGGCGAGUUUUGAUGGUGAGCAUCUUGCAACAGACCCUGUGGAGCACGUAGACCAGCCUCAGUUCAGCACCGAGCUGGCCUGGGAGCUGGACCGCAGGACGCUGCACCAGCACAGACUGCAGAGAACUCCCAUCAAGCUUCAGUGUUUUGCUGUUGACCCUGUGAGUAAGAGGAGAGAGAGUGUGGGCUACAUCGUCCUGGACCUCCGGUCUGUACAAGAGGUCAAACAGGAGCCUCGCUGGUAUCCACUGCUGAGCAGUAAAUACAUCAAGCAGAGACCAGCCCUCCUCCUCAGCAUGGUGCUGGAAAAUGACAACAAGCCCUCCGAACCUUCACCUGAUAGGUUCAAAGCCAAGAAGGCCCCGCCCCGAAAAGGUUCUCCUGCAGUAACUGACCUGCUCCCAGAAAACCUGGAGGCUGCACUGAUCCCAGACCAGGGCUACCAUCAAGUCGGACCUGCAGAUCACUGCUCUGACAUGUUUGUCCUGUCCGUCACUGUGGCCUUUGCUACCAAACUAGAACAGUUGAUCCCGAGCACUAUGAAACUGUCAGCGGAGGGGUCGGAGUUCUUCUUCUACUACUCUUUACUGGGGAAUGACAUCACCAGUGAGCCUUUCCACAACCUGCUGAGCCCAGACUUCGAGCCGGAGCGCGCUUCUGUGCGCAUCCGCAGCAGCAAGCAGGUCCUCCAGGCCUUCCUGUCUCAGCAGCCCAGUUUACAGAUCCACCUGUGCUGUGGGAAUCACUCUCUGGGCAGCACAGACGUUUCUCUCUCAGCUCUGGCUGCUGUUUCUGUGGAUCUGGAGAACAAGGCAGCGACGGUGGAGGGAGCGUUUAUACUCCAACCACCUAAACACAUCAAACAGACGCUGCCGGCUCUCCCCACCGACCUGCAACCGACCUUGGGGGUGGCUGUCACCCUCAGGAGGGAGGAGGUCACACCACAGUUUUUAGGGAAUAAAGGAAGUGGAGCUCAGGCACACUCCAACCCUGCUCCUUCCGGUCCGCCUGCUAAACAGAGACCUCGAAGCUCCUCUCCAGUCCCAAAACCUCCCGACUCUUCUCCUCCUGGUCCUUCUCUUCCUCCACCUUCCUCUCAUACAGAGAGCGAAGCAGAGAGCCUGCUGGAGGAGCUGCGACACAGCAAAGAGCAGGCAGGACGUGCAGCUGCAGAUUUGGAAGUUCCUGCGCAGCAGCCCAGUCCGACUGUAGCUACAGCAGAAGGCGGCGCAUCAUCUGUCAGCGUCUCUGCUCCCAAAGUGUCCAUCCCCUCCUCCGCCCGUCACUACUGCUUCUCUCUGGACCUCCGCAGCCUGGGAAACCUCAGCCUGACACACCCCAUCGCUGCUACACUCAGGUAUUCAUAUCAGUUCUUUGGCAGUGCAGCUCCCAUCAUGACCAACCCUCCUGUGGAGCUGCAGAGGAACAUGGAGGUGUCUCUGCCUCAGUCCUACUGUGCGUUCGACUUCGCCGCACUGCCACAACAACUCCAGGACACCUUCCUCAGAGUUCCUCUGGUGGUGGAGGUUUGGCACAGAGACUCCACCAGCAGAGACCAGCUGAUCGGACGAGCCUCCAUCCAGCUGUCUCACCUGUUGAGCUCUGAGAGGAGCAGAUUCCUGGCAUCAACAGGAGAGCAGGGCUGGAGACAAACUCACCAGGACCGGAUCCCUGUCGUCCAAACACAUCGACCUGCUGAAAAGGUGGCAGAGUUAAGCUAUGUGGCGACACUGGAAGACCUGGGAUUGGUCAAAGCCAGAGAAGUCCUCGUGUCUGACUCUUCACAUCAUCAGAAUGAACCUGCAGUCCCCACACAGCCAUCCUCCCCCACGCCUCCAACCGCCCCCAGAGACACCCUGGAGUACCGCACGGCCCUGGAGCUGGAGCUGUGGAAGGAGGAGCAGGAGGAUCUGUUUGGUGAUCAGUUGAGGAAGAAGGAGCUGAGCCACAUGCAGGCUCUAGCAGAGGAGUGGAGGAGGAGAGACAGAGAGAGAGAGGCUCUAGUCAAGAAGAAGGAACUGGAGUAUAAUCUGCUGGAGGAGCAACUUCAGAAGACUUUGUCCGAUCUGGAGAAAAGAGAGAAACAGCUGGUUGAGGCCGAGCAGGAGACUCAGAGGCUGCAGAGGGAGCUGCGGGCCGAGCACAGUCUGACCCAGAGGGAGCUGCAGGAGAGCGGCAGGAGGCUGCAGCAGGAGUGUGACCACCGAGUGGUGCUGGAGAGAGACAAAGUCCGGCUGAUGGAGGAGGAGAGAGGCCGGCUGCUGCAGCAGAUUGCAGACGGGGAGUCUCGGUAUAAGCAGCUGGAGAAAGAGUUCCAGCUCUACAGAGAACAACAGAACGUCAGACCUGAGUUCAGACUGCAGUCAGAGAUCAACCUACUGACUCUAGAGAAGGUGGAGCUGGAGAGGAAGCUGGAGUCUACCACCAAGUCCAAGUUGCACUACAAGCAGCAGUGGGGGCGCGCCUUAAAGGAGCUGGCCAGGUUCAAACAGGUACUGUUUGUCUAG